UGUGUCCGAGAUGGCGAGCGUGCUAUCCAGGCGUCUGGGGAAGCGCUCCCUGCUAGGCACCCGCGUCUCUGCCCCCAGCGCCUUGGCUGACGGGGUGCUGGUGGCCACCCAGGUUCCCAGCUUGCAGACUGACCUUGGCCAGGCAUCUGCCCACACAGUGCCGCGAGAGGAUGGAUCCUGUGCACCGUCAGCAGAGGAGAGCAGCCAAGCACCCAGGUUCCCCAGCCCCGGCCGCCGGCAGCUUUGUGCCGGGCAGCAAGUCCUUGUCACCUACAACGGGCAGGAGUGUGCCGGCCUCGUGGAGCAGCACAACCCACUGAGCGACAAGGUGAAGGUGCUGCUGCCGGAGCAGGGCUUGCAGGCGUGCUGGAGGAUACAGGACGUGCGGCCGGCUCCGCUCCAGCCCCCCACCCUGCCUGCAGCCGGCAGUCCCGGCCCUGCUGAGGCGCUGCAGAGAUCCGUAUCCAGCAAUAUUGAUGUACCCAAGAGGAAAGCCGACGCGGCUGUGGAGAUGGAUGAGAUGGUGGCAGCCAUGGUGCUGACAAGCCUCUCCUGCAGCCCUGUGGUACAGAGCCCUCCCGCCGGCGAGAGUGGCAUCCCCCCCUCACGGGCAGCGUGCGAUCCCUGGAAAGAGAGCGGCGAUGUCUCGGACAGCGGAAGCAGCACCACCAGCGGGCACUGGAGCGGGGGCAGCGACAUCUCCACCCCUUCGCCUCCCCACCCCGCUGGCAGCCCCAAGUACUCCAGCGAGGCCCUGAGCUCCCCCCAGGCAGAUGAUGGCUUCGAGACCGACUCCGACCCCUUUCUCCUUGAUGAACCCGCUCCACGCAAAAGAAAGAACUCGGUGAAGGUGAUGUACAAGUGCCUGUGGCCGAGCUGCGGCAAGGUCCUGCGCUCCAUCGUCGGCAUCAAGCGACACGUCAAGACCCAGCACCUCGGGGACAGCGCAGACUCCGACCAGCGGAAGCGGGAGGAGGAUUUCUACUACACCGAAGUGCAGGUGAAGGAAGAGCCGGCGCCGGAGGCGGCCGCCGCCGCCAGCCCCACAUCCGCGUCCGCCCCCAUCAUCAUCCACCAGCAAGCCCUGGCAAAGCCGGAGGCGCUGCUGGUGGAGCAGCCGGUGCUGGAGCCCGCCCUGGCCAGCGGCGCCCUGAGCCAGUCUGCCCCCAGCUCCUUCUGGCACAUCCAGGCUGAUCAUGCCUACCAGGCGUUGCCCUCCAUCCAAAUUCCAGUGUCCCCCCACAUCUUCACCAGCAUCAGCUGGGCCACUGCCACCUCGACUCUCCCGUCCCUGUCACCGGUGCGGAGCCGGUCGCUCAGUUUCAGCGAACCCCAGCCACCGACGCCGAUGCUCAAGUCCCACCUGAUCGUCGCCUCACCGCCCAGGGUGUCCAUCGGCACCAGAAAAGUCCGCGGUGAAGCCAAAAAGUGCCGUAAGGUGUACGGCAUCGAGCACCGGGACCAGUGGUGCACGGCCUGCCGGUGGAAAAAAGCCUGCCAGCGCUUCCUGGACUGAGCGCAGCACCGCGGUGCCGCAUCCCUCCCCUGCUCCUGCCCGGGGAGCACUGGAGUCCCUCACUGCUGCAACCAGGGACCUUGGAGGUACCUCCUGUGACCCCGGAAGACACCUCCAGAGCUGCGUGUAAAUUCCUCCUUCUGUAUAUUGUACAUCUGCUGGGUUUGCUCUUUUUUUAAAAAAAAGCUUUUUCCAACUUUUUUUUUUUUUAAAACCUGAAGAAUAUCUCCCUUUGUAUAGUAAAAGCUGGGGCUGGGAGGGAAGGAAGCCAGUUCCUUGGGGUUCGGGGGAGAUUGUAGGCAAUCUGGGGACCAAAGAGCUUCCUGCAUUUCCCAGAUGAGCCCUAAAAUCUCCUGAACCGUCGCAGCGUGGCUGGGGUGAGGUGUUGAGGCAGCUUCCCGUGUCCUUUGACUACCUAGAAAGUGCAAAUCCCUUGUAUCCCUUAAGGGAGGGGGUCGGUAACAAUUAUAGCUUUAAAAAAGAAAAUGCUGUUGGGUUGCUGCAAGCAAGGCAGGAGUGGUUCUUGGGGCAGGAGUUGGAGGUUUCUCUCCCUGCAUGGAUGUGGUCUUUGCUCAUGUCGUGUCACACCGAUAGCUCAAGCCUGCCUGUGCCUCCGGUCGGUUCCAGCGUGUCGUUUUUGGAGGCAUUUGGGGGGUAAAAAACACCCAAAACAUUUUAAUCAGGAAAGCUAUGAGAAUUUUUAAGGCAAAACCUUAUGUUCCUUCUCAUUUUAGGCUUUGUAAGUCUGCUUAGCUCUGUGAAAAAUCUAUGUUGUGGCCCUCACUGUGUCUUUCAAAACUAGGCAGAGCAGUUUUAUUUUUUUCAGUUAAUGAUUCCACCAAUAAAGGCAGCUGGGAGGACUGGGAAGGGUUUCCCUUAGCAUCACCGUAUGGCCCCAGUUCAGCAAAACGCUUCAAUAUUUCCUUCUGAAUCCCAUCGAACCUCGUGGGAGUUUUCUGACUUCCAUCCUUUAAAAUAUGUAUUUACCCAACCCAAAUUGCUGCUGGCUUCCUGUCACUGUCACUGCUGUGACCACUUGCACUGCUGGUGAGGCGUUGCACUUGGUGUCGGGCCAGGAUGCGUGUGGCCGGGGAGCCGGAUUGCCCCAUCGGCUUUCUCCCCUCGCUGGGGCAGGCAGCCAUUUGGAUAUGUAUUAUUUUUUUUUUUUGCUGUGUUUUUGAUAAUCAUAGGCUGUAACCUGCAGCUGUCGAGCCAAGAGCAAUCCCUGCACACAGCUUGAGCCCGGGGUGUUUUUAAGGACCCCGCGCCGAGACUCAGCUUCCCUUAUAAAAGCGAAUUGUGUGGGUGGGAGAGUCCGAUACUGCUCCCGGAUCGCCCCAUUGCUGAAGGGAUCGGGUGGGCAGGUGAAGCGGGUUGAGAUACAUAUAUAUGUAUUACUGGUGCUUGUCGACGUGUUUGGGUAUUUCUUUUGUUGUUGUUCGUUUGUAAUUUUGUACAUAUAAACAGUAUAUCGUCCCGCAACCUGAUCUUCUCUCCGGUAUCCAACUGGCGGAUGCAAUAUUUGGCUGCUGGAAGGCGGGAGCAAAACUCCUCGGGCAGAGUGCGACCCCACAGGGUUACAUCCCCGGGUGGGUCUGGGCAGGUCUGGCUCAAGUCCCAGGGAAGAGGUUCUGUUCCUUGAGAGCUACUCACUCAGGUUCCCAUCCCUGCUGGAGCGUGGUAUUAGGAGCAAAAUGUCAGGAAAAGCCUUUUCCUUUCCCGCCGUCAUCAGGGACUCUCUGCGGGUUCCCAGCUUGAGCGUUUUGUUGCAAAAACGACUUUCCAAAGCGUGUUGCCAGUUGGUGCUCUGCAUCCACAGCCCUGGUAACAAUUAAUUGCAUGGUGGGGUUGUUGCACUACUCAAAAAUAGGUGUUUGGUGUUUGUUUU